CUGCACUGUCUCUCUCUCUCUCUCUCUCUCUGCUUAGUUGAAAAGAAGUGGGGAGGGUAGGUUAACUUGUAAAUGAAGUGGUCGAAUACGUGACCGAAAUCUCAACAAGACCACCCAAUCUGCAAAUAUGUAACGGCCGGACUAAACGUUGGAUAAUAUUGCCGAAUGGAAAACAUGAAAUUCCCUGUAAGAAGCACAAAGAAGCUAUGUUUUUACGCGGCGUUGUUGGUGUCGCUUAUGAGCGACCUGGCAAUGGGAGCCUCGUUCUAUGGCGAUGGCUAUGUGCAGCUGAAGACAGUGGAGUCGUCGAACCGUAACUCCCUGCGUGUUCGCUUCCGUACCUCCAGCCCCCGCGGCCUGCUCUUCCUCGCUGCCGGCCACACAGACUACCUUCUAGUGGAGCUGAACGCUGGUCGCCUGCAGGUGAAGCUGGACCUGGGGUAUGGUGAGCGGUUGCUGAGAUCAGAGAGCAGCACCCAACUAAACGACCUGGCCUGGCACACUGCUGAGCUCCUCCACGACCGCCAUAAUGUCACCCUAACUAUGGACCAGUACUCCCACACCAGCCUCAGGAUGCCUGGGCACGGGUCUCAGAAGCAGGAUCUUACUAUCCAGGACGGGCUGUACGUCGGCGGGUCUGGAGGCCUGGACAAGCUCUACCUACCCAAUGACCUAACAGGAUUCAGGGGGUGCGUGGACCAGGCUGUUUUCAACGAGAACAAUAUGCUAUCAUCGUUGAGACCAUACGCUGGAUUCAAGAAUGUCUAUGAGGUUUCUUUGGGCUGUAGUCCCCAGUUCUUUGCCGGCGAGGAGGAUCCUGUUAGUUUCUUUAGUUCAAGAGCGUAUGUCUCCCUGCCACCCUGGAACGUCUCCCACAACCAGCAAGAGGCGCUGUUUGAGUGUGUGGUUCACACCUCGGCUAAAGAGGGGAUUGUCUUGUACAACUCGGCCAGACAGGGGGACUUUGUGGCAGUUGAAAUCCAAGAGGGGCUGCUGGUGGCCAUCGUGGUUAAAGGAGGCACCAAGACAGAACUUAAAUCCCUCACCUUUAUCAAUGACAGGAACUGGCAUUCAGUGAAGAUGUUCUUCAGCCCCAAGACCCUCCAGCUGACAGUGGACAAGGAGACGGUGAAGACUAGCAUCAGCUCUCGCUCCAAGGGACUCCAGCUGAGAGGGUCGCUGUUUGUGGGGGGCAUUGAUGACAGCACACGUUCAGAAGUAAGGAAGAUGGGUCUGGUGUCUGUGUUGGGAAACAGAGUCCGAGGAGGUUCUUUUAAGGGCUGCCUGAAGGAUAUGAAAGUCAAUGGGGUUAUGAUGGGUCUGCCUAAUGCUGUAGUCACUAAAGAUAUAUCGGUGGGCUGCGAGCCGGAGAAAGAACCAGAGCCCUCGACCACGAUGGGUCCAACUACUAAACCGACUGUCCCCAACUCCCGGUUCGAUCCCACUUCGGUCACCCCCACCCCAGAAUUCCCUAUGUUCACUCUGGCCAGGGGGCUGGACAAGAAGUUCGGGGCCAACUUCGUGCUGCUCAGGAACCUUGUAGUCUCAGAGGGUGGGCGUGGGUCUCUAGAGUCCAAGCACAUCAAGGUGCACCUGGACUUCAAGAAGCUCGGGGUACGCCAGUCUCAAAUCAUGUUCCGGAUCCAGGAGCAGCCGGUGCAUGGUCAGAUACGACUGGAUGUGGACCAGGACCAAGAGGAGAACAUCUUUAGCAUGCUGGACCUGUGGCACGGCAGGGUGAUGUACAUCCACGGAGGAUCGGAGGACCCAGAAGACUUUUUCACCUUCUCUAUCUUCUCUUCUUCCAGGAAGGUGGUUCCCACAUACCUGCAGGGGACGAGAAGGUACCGCUACAAUAUCACAGUGACCCCCACCAAUGACGCCCCAGAGCUCAGCCUGCCCCAGGGGAACCUCUUUGUCCUGAUGGAGAAUUCUAGAAAACUCCUAACCAAAGAGGUGUUGAAAGCCACAGACAUUGACAGCAACCACACCGACCUGGUCUUCUCCAUCCUGGGGAACCUGAACCCUGACGCUGGUUAUCUGGAGGUGGGAGAUAACCCCGACACCGCAGUGACCACGUUCUCCCAUUCUGAUCUAGAGGAAGGGAAGGUGAACUAUGUCCAUACUGGGGUGAGGAACUCCAGGAUCGUGCUGAGGGUCAGUGAUGGAGACAAGGUAAGCAACACAGUGGUUCUGAGGAUCAUGGCCAUAGCUUUGGAGUAUAAGAUCGCCAACAACACUGGGCUUGAGAUCAUUCAAGGUGAGGUAGCUGUGAUCAGUAACAAGCAACUGGCCAUUCAGACCAAUGCUGUGAAUCAAGUGGUGGACAUCCGAUAUGAUGUCGUCAAGCCUCCUCAGUAUGGGGAACUUCAGAGGCUUCACUCCAGCGGAGAAUGGAAGCCCACCGGUUCUUUCUCUCAAAGGCUACUGGAGAAAGAACGCCUUCGGUACCUCAGCACUUUCCAAGAAAUCCAGACUGCCAAUGCUACGGAUUACUUCAAAUGCAAGGUCACUGUAGCAGGAAGAGUUGAUACUGAACUGGUCUUUCCGGUCACAGUGAAGUGGGUACAUUAUAACCUAGUCAGGAACGUAAUGGCCGAUAUUAAUAAAGUUCGGAAAGUGACGUUGGACUCACAUUAUCUUUAUGCCACAGUGGACGUUGUGACACUAUCAGAGGAUGACCUGCGCUUCAGAGUUCUCUCCUCGCCGAAGAAAGGACAUCUUCUCCUUGUUAACGAGUUAUUGAAGAAAAAUUCAACUUUCAGCCAAAGAAAUGUCACUGAUCUAAAGGUUCAAUACGAACUGGUCGACAGACCAUACGAAGACACAAGUGACACGUUUAAAUUCCAAGUGUUCUCCAAGCAUGCUCAAUCACAAAGUUACGAUUUCCACAUCUCAAUAAAAGCUGACGUCAACAGCGUAUUUAUAAGAAAUGACAAACUAUCUAUAAUGGAAGGAGAGAGUAAACUCAUCACAAAAGACGAGUUGUUUGCAGAGACUCUUAGCACCAAGGAGUUGUACUACACCGUUACAAGUAGCCCCAAACAUGGGAAGUUAGCGCGCAUCAACCUGUCCAACUCUAACGCCAGUUACGACAACAUCCUAACAUUCAGCAACCAGGAUCUCUUGGAGGAGCGCGUAAUGUACAUACACGACGACACAGAGACCACUCAGGAUCAGUUCACAUUCAUAGCCUCCACUAGUCAGGAGUCCAAAUCCUUCGUCGCGGACGAUGAAGUCGGAUCUAAAGAAGGGACGUUCAACAUCUCCAUCCAGCUAGUUAAUGACGAAAAGCCGGUGCGCAUCGUCGAUAAAGUUUUCCACGUGGUGAGGGACGGGCAGCGGUUGCUAACCCUGGACGAUCUCUGUUACCAUGACGCAGACUCGGACUUCAGCGACGGGCAGUUGGUCUACACGCGACGGGGAAUCCCGAUGGGAGACCUGGUUCUGGUGAACGACACCUCUCUCAGGCUGUUCCAGUUCACCCAGAAGGACCUGGAAGAGAAGAGAGUGUUGUUCCUCCAUCGAGGCGUGAACUCUGGACGUUUUGUGCUAUUCGUGUCCGACGGGAAACACUUAGUCUCUACUCUGCUGGACGUCACCGCCCACGACCCAUUCCUGAGCCCUGGCAACAACACAGGUCUGUUGGUCCAGAAGGGAAAGGAAGUGACCGUAACCACCGGUAACUUCAGCGUCCUCACGAACCUCAAUGUCCGUGAUGACAGCGAAGUCACCUACAAGGUGUCCGAGCCUCCUAAGAACGGCUGGCUGUAUCGCCACGGAAACAUCUCAGUGGAGUUUACACAGCACGACCUGAAGAAGGGCCUCGUCUCGUAUCGCCAUGAUGACAGCAAGAACCUGGCGGACUGGUUCAGUGUGACGGUUAAGGUUCAAGGUCACGUCCUGAAUGCCAGAAUCAACGUUAGGGUUUACCUGGAGAGCCAUCAGAGGCCACCUAUCCUCCAGCACAACAACACCUUACUGGUGGAGGAGAGCAAACCUGUGAAGAUUGACGAGAGUAGACUGGAGGUGACCCACGAGGACAACCUGCCAUCUGAGAUUGUAUUUACAGUGAAGGUGGCUCCGCUACACGGGUUCCUGCGGUGCUUUGUGGAGGCUGAGGAGCAGUAUGUUGGAACUGAACAGAUCCCCGUCCAGACCUUCUCCCAGGAAGACGUCAACACUGGCAACAUCCAGUACAUGCAGACGACCCCCAGCCAGGUCAACGACACAUUCCUAUUGGACGUCUCCAACGGUGUCACAGAGGUCAAUAAUAUCAGGAUAUCCGUGGACAUAAUCCCCCACCUCAUCCCACUCCAGGUGUCCAAUUUCACCCUGAGAGAGGGCGGGUCCAAGGCCUUGACACAGGAAGUGCUCAGGGUCACCAACCGACACUUCUCUGGCCUCAACUUCCUGUACAGUUUGACUGAGCCGUCACAGAACGGAUAUAUAGAACAUUCACGUUACCCCGGGGUUCCUGUGCUGUCUUUCACCAGACGUCAGGUUGAGCAGGAGUUAAUCUACUACAUCCAUGACAGCAGUGAGACGUUAGAAGACAACUUCACCGUGGUGGCCAACGACACAGGCCUGAGGAAACAGAGCUCUCCCUGCACCGUGUACAUCCAGGUCACAGCCGUCAACGACCAGCAUCCAGUCAUCACCGCCAACAGGGUCCUCAGGGUGUGGGUGGGGUCGGUCACAGAGAUCCGCUCUGAGGACCUGGAUGCCCAGGAUGAGGACACGCCCCCUGAGGAGCUGCAGGUGAUCGUGACUCCGCCCUCGAAUGGCCACCUGGCGCUGAAGAGCGCCCUCGCCACGCCGCUCCUGAAUUUCACCCUGCAACACAUCCAUCUGGGACAGCUGCUGUUCGUCCACAGUGGUGCCAUGUCUGGAGGGUUCAACUUCCAGGUGAACGACGGAGUGAACUUUGCCCCUCGACAGAUCUUCAGCAUCACAGCCAGCGCCCUGGUCCUCAGCCUGGAGAUCAACAGACCUCUCAAGGUGUUCCCAGGCUCUACUACACCAAUCACCCAGGAGGACCUGCAGGCGGUGACUAAUGACAAGAGCGACACAUCCAACCGCACCAUUACCUUCAACGUGAUUCGUCGACCAAAACUAGGCAGACUGGUGACAGUGCUGGCUGAUAAUUUCACUGUUGACGUCUCCUCCUUCACACAGACAAUGGUGGACCAGCGGAAGAUUCUGUACAUCCAGAGUCUUGUGGCGUCGGUUGGCUGGUCCGCCAUGGACUCAAUGACCUUCUCAGUGUCCUCACCUCCAGCUUCCCUGGAGAACGAGACCUUCAAAAUGGACAUCUCCUACGAGAAUGCUGGACCCGACCGAAAGACUCUGCUCCUCGCUAACACAGGUGCUGUGGUGACCGAGGGUGACCGCAUCGUCAUCGACAAGUCCAAGCUGGAUGCGUCUAACCUUAUGUCCAAGCUGCCCACGCCCCAGCGUAGCUCUCACGAGAUCUGGUUCCAGGUCAAGUCUCUACCCCAGCACGGGGUCAUUGUGGUGGGAGAGAGGAACCUCACCGUGGAGAAACCCAACUUCUCCCAGUACAUCCUCAACAAGUAUGGCAUCACAUACCGGCACGACGACUCUGAGACGCUCCAUGACCGCUUUGUCUUCGACACCUGGCUGAACCCCAAGGGUAAACCGGCCCAGCGCCCUCUGGACGACAGCCAGGUGCUGGAGGAGUGGUUCAACAUCACGGUGAUCCCAGUCAACGACCAGCCGCCCGUUUUGAAGACCAAAGCCCCCAGCCUGAGCGUGGUACAGGGGGACACAGUGGCCCUGGGGCCGGAGAACCUCAAUGUGGAAGAUUUGGACAACCCUUCAGAGGACAUCCAGUACAUCGUCGUCAGCAAGCCCAACAACGGCUAUCUGGCCCUGGGAGGAAGCCUUAACGAGUCUGUGGUGUCCUUCACUCAGGCUCAGAUCAACAGUGGGAAGGUGUACUUUGUCCAUGAUGGAAGCCGGGCUUCUGGGGUGUUUUAUUUUAGUGUUUCCGAUGGCCAUCACAAACCGGUCUAUAAGCUCUUCAACCUCGAGGUGACGGAGAUCACCAUCUCCCUUAUCAACAACACUGGGCUGGCUCUGGAGCAGGGACAGACGUCAGUUGUUUUAACCCAGGAGAGUCUGGUGGCAGAGACCAAUGGAAAAAACACAACGGUUCACUACCGGAUCACCGCUGCGCCACGGUAUGGCAAGAUCCUUCGGCUGGAUGACCAGGAGGUCAGCCAGUUUGAGCAGGAGGACUUAAGGACGGGUAGCUUAUUUUAUCACAUGACGACCCUCACGUCUGGUCAGGACAGCUUUGAGUUCACCGCGUUUACAUCGGAAGCUAACCUGACAAACCAGGUUGUCAACAUCACGGUUAAGCCCCUGGUCAGGUUUGGCGAGGGGGUGAGAAUACCCAAUGGCAUCGUGGUCAAACUCAACACUGGUUUCCUCAACGCAACUGAGCUGGCUUCUCUAUCCGUCAGCGACCCUUUCUUCGAGGUUGUCUCUCAUCCAAAGUAUGGAAAGCUGGUCCGAGGAAAACCCAAAGCUGGUAAGAAAACCGAGCCACUGGAGUCUUUCUCCUUUCAGGAUGUGAAGAAGGAGAGGUUAUCCUUCGAGCUCAACGCUAACAUGACUGGAGUGCAAGAGCUGAACGACUCUUUGGUGUUCAUUCUGAAAGCCGAGAACGUCCCACCUGCCAGGGGAGAGUUCCGGUUCACUGUCGUUCCGUAUGAUCCUUCGCUAGUCCUAACCACCAAGAGUCCCAUCCUGACCACCAGCAGUCCUUUCUCUCAGCCUCUGAACCAAACGACAGUGUUUGGUGUUGGGACGGCACUACCCUCCCUGUCCACCUCCCUCCUUUCCACACAGAGACCCAGCAAGAACCACCAGAAGUUCAAAGGUCGCAACCGCUGGGGGAACACCAACCGGAACGACUCGGCAGGUACAGAUACUAAUCUGGGCAAGACCACCCUGAGUAAAGGAGACGACAAUGAGAUUUCCUUUGUGAAUACACCGGUCCGAGUAGAGUCAUACCCUCAGAAGACCUCCAACCUGACAUUGGUGAUGCUACCUCUCCUGGCCAUGCUCUUAUUGGUCAUCAUCCUGGUGGUGCUGGUUCUCCUGCUGCGACGCAACAGGAAGAGGAAACAGAAACCUGUCACCCCGAAGCCGCCACCCUCACCCUCACCCUCAACCCCACCGGUUUAUAACGGCCAGUCGCAGAGGACCGCGGCUGUUCCCACGGUAACGGUGACCCCACUGAGCCCCAGUAGCCCUGCCCUGGACAGGCUGCUUCCUUCAGCCAAUCAGGGCUUAGUUAGCAACUCCACAUCACUGCUACUUUGCUCGUGGAACGGUGUAGAUCCAGAGAGUUCAGCCCAGCUCACUAGAACCACACCCCCCACUCUACAGCAGAACCAAUACUGGGUAUGACUCUGUAGCUGCUGCCACCUAGGGGAGGGAUGGGGAAGUGGACUGUCUACCCUGCUAACAUCCAUUUCUAACACCCCCACCAACCCCCACUCAUCGUUACACUGUAAACCAUGACACUACUGUACUAUUUGUUUUGUUAUAUAAUCAAAGCAUUUUCUACCGAAGCUAAGCACAAUCGGCACUGGGAAUGCCAACCACUAUCCCCACUUUGCAACAUAAUAAGUAGCUGGUAGCCUAUGACUGCUGGACCUAACAAAAUCAACACAAUCAUGAGUAGGUACUGACAACUAGUCCACCUCACCUCUACCAACUGAUAGGAAACAUGUUCACUAUCACUAUUGCAGAAGUUUCCAAACAUGACCCAGUGUGGGGUUUCAAACAAACCGUAAUAAUGCGUGGACAUCGCAUUGCACAGCUCAAGUUUUUUUUUUUUUUUAAGAAUAGAAUAUAAUUCAAAAUAGAAUACAACUUUAUUGUACAAUUGGUUAGAACGGAAUGUGUCUUCUGCCUUUCUCAACCCCCCUUAUACACAAGUGCAGUGUGAUGUUGGCGCAUUGUGAAUCCUAGCCAUAGUGACUCUACAAUACUGUACAGCUACAUGUUCAUAUUGAUGUUGCUAGCAUGGUUACUUGGUUGAUGUAUCUUCCAUUUAAGUCCUUCUCAUUGGAUUAUUAUGAGUAAUGAUAACCGUAGUAGUUCAGAAAGGAAACACAGCGUAGAAAUGUGUUCCGCCAUUUAUUAAAGAAUGAGUAAUGUAAGUCUUGGCGAUAUAGGCUCUGACUUUCAGGGUUUUAGCUCAAAGCCCAAGCAAAGCGUCAAUAUAUAAUAUGACCUACAAGCAGUGAGCGUGGUAAACUAUACCAAUCCCCCCAGCAGGACAACAGAAACAGGAAGUGGAAACUCAAAACACAUGAACUAGACCAUUACUCUAAAUAUAAUGCCAACCAUAAAAGGCUGGCGAGGAGAGGAGGGUCUCAGCUUUCUGUAGGUAUAAUUUAUAUUUCUCAACUCUCAAUAUUCAGCUCAAUAACAACUAUUUUACAAGCAAGAUCUUUUUUCUUUAUAUGGCUUUGAGAUAUGGAGUAGAGAGCGUGUCAAAUGCACACCGACCAUUGCGAGUGAAUAGGCCUAAAGGUCUCAUGGGUAGUUGCCUGCAAUUGUAAAGUUAUUUUAGAACAUUACAUUUUCUCUUGGAUGAAGACAUGGUUACUAGCAGUGAGUAUCACAGGCGGCUGGUGGUACCUUAAUUAGGGAGGACGGCUUAUAACGGCUGGAACGGAGUUAAUGGAAUGGCAUCAAACACAGAGUUUCAGAGUGCUUGAUAACAUUCCAUUAACUCCAUUCCAGCCAUUAUUAUGAGCCGUCCUCCCUAAUUAAGACGCCACCAGCCGCCUGUGAUACUCACUGCUAGUAACCAUGCCUAGUGGUUAGAGCGUUGGACUAGUAACCGAAAGGUUGCAAGAUCGAAUCCCCGAACUGACAAGGUACAAAUCUGUUGUUCUGCCCCUGAACAAGGCAGGUUAACCCCACUGUUCCUAGGCCGUCAUUGAAAAUAAGAAUUUGUUCUUAACUGACUUGCCUAGUUAAAUAAAAAAAUAAAAAUGUAAUGUACUAAAAUAACUUUACAAUUAUGAGUUGAGAAAUACAAAUUAUACCUACAGAAAGCUGAGACCCUCCUCGACAAGGGGACGAAGCUUCCAUAUCUGUUUUCCUGCAAUUUAUUUUGAAAUGUUAUAUGAUCAAAACAUAUUUUUCUCUCGAGCACAUGAGGGGAUAGGUAGCUUAGUGGUUAGAGCGUUGGGCCAGUAACCGAAAGGUUGCCGGAUUGAAUCCCCGAGCUGACGUGGUAAAAAUCGAUCAUUCUGCCCCUGAAGAAGGUAGGCCCUCAUUGUAAAUAAGAAUUUGUUCUUAACUGACUUGCCUAGUUAAAUAAAGGUAAAAUAAAAAAGAUAGGAGAGUGGCUUGCUCAUCACAGCAGCGGGGAUAGAGCGGCAGGGAAGACACUUACAGGAGUCAUGAGGAUAAUGCACUUUACUGUUUGACCCAAUACAUUGUUUUAGCCACACAAAAAAUAGGACGUUGUAAGGUGACCAAUGUAGAAUGUGCUCUUUCUACAUUCAUUGGUUCCUUUUCUUCUUAUGAUCCAUGAUAUUGGCUAACUGAUGAUGGAGUCGGCGCAGGUUUCUUUGCUGAUGACGCGUUUGACUUUCAAUGUGAGUUUCCGUGACCUCAGCUCAGCCUGAGGAAACCGGGCCGCUGCCCACUGAUCACAGCCUGAGGAAACCGGGCCGCUGCCCCUGAUCACAGCCUGAGGAAACUGGGCCGCUGCCCACUGAUCACAGCCUGAGGAAACCGGGCCGCUGCCCACUGAUCACAGCCUGAGGAAACCGGGCCGCUGCCCACUGAUCACAGCCUGAGGAAACCGGGCCGCUGCCCACUGAUCAUAGCCUGAGGAAACCGGGCCGCUGCCCACUGCUCACAGCCUGAGGAAACCGGGCCGCUGCCCACUGCUCACAGCCUGAGGAAACCGGGCCGCUGCCCACUGAUCACAGCCUGAGGAAACCGGGGCCGCUGCCCACUGAUCACAGCCUGAGGAAACCGGGGCCGCUGCCCCUGAUCACAGCCUGAGGAAACCGGGCCGCUGCCCACUGAUCACAGCCUGAGGAAACCGGGGCCGCUGCCCCUGAUCACAGCCUGAGGAAACCGGGCCGCUGCCCACUGAUCACAGCCUGAGGAAACCGGGGCCGCUUCCCACUGAUCAGCCAAAUGCUAAUUUAUAGUAUAACCGAGAAAUUGCGAGAAAACAAAAAUAAAAGUAUUGAUUUUGAAAAAAAAACAUACAGGCCCAUGGGCCACUGGCCAUGUCAACUUUUCUAUUGUUUUAUUUUUAUAUAUAAAGUAUAUGAAGAAAAAAAAUUGUGUGUGAAUUUCUACCAUACCACUCAACUAAAGAUGGUCCAGCCCAUCUGGAAUAUGCCAGAAUUGCCAGAUGACCAAUUCGCCCCUGGGUAUUAUUACAGUAUAACUGUUGGUAUGUUGAGGUACUCAUCCUAGACCAGUGGGAGAAUUGCAUGCAUGCAUAAAUCAAUGGUUUCCUGAUUUCUUGUGAUCAAAGGAUGUCACCUUACCACUCUUUUUUUUUGUAUUGGUGUAUAUAUUUCAUUAUUAUGGCGGAUAGUAUUUUAUAUAUUAAACCCAUUCUUCCUAAAGUGUAUGUAUAAUACAUAUUUCAAGCCAUAGUGGAAGAUCCCUGUGUACCCUGGUACUGCUGUCAUAAAUGUUACCGCAACUCUUAAGGUUUCAAAGUUUUGUUACACUGUAAACCAGAUUGUGUCAAAUCUACCCCUUGAAAGAAAACACCUGUUUAAAGUAGGCUACUUUUUCAUUAUUUUACAUUUCUACACUGAACAACAAUAUAAAGACAACAUGUAAAGUGUUGGUCCUGUGUUUUCAUGAGCUGAAAUAAAAAGAUCCCAGAAAUGUUUCAUACACACUAAAA